AUGGCCAUGGCUGAGGACGAGCUGACGGAGGAUCAGAUCGCCGAGCAGCUGACGGAGGCGCAGAUGGCCAAGAUCCAGCGAGCCUUCUCCAUGUUGGACAAGGACGGCGACGGCGCCAUCAAGACCAAGGACCUGGGCACCAUGCUGAGGUCCCUGGGCCAGAACCCGACGGAGGCCGAGCUGCAGGAGCUGAUGGGCCGGGCGGACCCCGACGGCCGCGGCACGCUGGAGUUCGCCCAGCUGCUGGCCCUGCUGGCGGGGAGGCUGAAGGAGCCCGAGAGCCGCGAGGACAUCCGCGAGGCCUUCCGCGUCUUCGACAAGGACGGCAGCGGCUUCGUGAGCGCCGCCGAGCUGCGCCACGUCCUCACCAGCCUGGGCGAGAAGCUCACCGACCAGGAGGUGGACGAGAUGAUCCGGGAGGCCGACAUCAACGCCGACGGGCUGGUCAACUACGAGGAGUUCGUGCAGAUGAUGGCGGCCAAGUGA